AUAGGACAGUCGAGAGUGCAGUUCUAUGUCAAAUCGUUACAAACCAUCGACACAACAAAAUGUUCAAGCUGUGUGUUUUCGUCGCUCUCCUUAGCCUGGCUGCUGCCGCCCCAGCUCCUGCUCCUGCUCCUGCUCCUGUCCCAGAACCAGCACCAUCUGGUCUGUGGCCUGGCGGUCUGGUGGCACCCGGAAUCUGGGGACCGACCAUCAUCGGUGGACCCCAUGUGGUGAGCGUUGUGCCCCAUGCCAUCUCCCAUGCGGCCAUCACUCAGGUACAUCCUUCGCCGCUGGUCCUCAAGAGCGUCCAUGGCAUCCAUGGCCCCGUUUUGAUUGGUUAAACGGACACAGGUCUGCCACACAUCACCCCCACUCCGCCAUAGGCUCCUUCCACUCCUCAAACUCAAGCAUUUUCCUGCGGAAUAUUUCACCAGUUUACGAGUAUCCUGUCCACUGUUUAUAAAGAAAGCAAACCAGCAAAGUUGAGAAAAAAUAAUUACAAAAAAAUGUUUACAAACUAAAAUACAUUUCAAGCAAUAAAAUACCUACACAUACUUGUUAUGUAUGUAUAUAGCGAGCGAAAA